AUGGAGCAUAUAUAUUUACCAGAACCAACAGAGAAUAUAUGGAAAAAAUGUGCUGAAGAAUUUGAAAAUAGAUGGGGAUUUCCCAAUUGCAUUGGCAGCGUGGACGGUAAACAUGUAACAGUCAAGAGACCUAACAACAGUGGCUCCAAUUACUGGUGCUAUUUACAUAAAUAUUCAAUAGUACUUAUGGCCAUUGUUGGCCCGGACUAUAAAUUUAUAUGUGUUGAUAUUGGUGGUUUCGGAAAAAAUAGUGAUGGGGGUAUUUUCGAAACCUCAAACAUGGGAAAACGAUUUGAACAAAAUUUAUCGAGUGUCCCUGCACCUAGAUUUCUCCCUGGGCAAAAUGAAAUCUGCUCGUACGUCUUAAUUGAUGAUGAAGCAUUUGCUUUAAAACCAUACCUUAAGAGACCAUUUCCUUAUAAGCUGACUUUAACAGACGUCAGAAAAGAGAAAUACAAUGACCCGUAUCAAUUUUGCCCAUCAGUGCCGGUAGUUCCGCCCCCACACGAGAUUAUCUUCAGUUCUAGCGGCAUCCCACAACCUGAACUACAGUGUAAAAAGUGCGAUUUGAGACUAACCGAAGACGGGAAAGCCGUAGUCGUUGAAUGUUUUCAGUGCUACGACAUCCCUGCUCCAUCUAGAGAAGCGAUCACUGGAAGUGAGUGA